UCCAAAAUUCCACUUAGGAAUCAAAUUCCAUUUCUCAUCUUUCUGGUCACAGCACAACCCAUUUCCGGAAUGAAUUUCGACGAUUUGAAUCGCACUGCAGACUUUCUAUUCACGGAAUGUGAAUUGGAUUUGGAGCCUUCCUUUGUCCGGCAAGCCGAAGCAGUUCGCCAGGGGGAUUCAACCGUUCACUCCAACGUCGAUUCGGUAAGCAAGUAGUUCCAUUUUCUGCACUAAAUUGCCACAAUUUGUCGGUUCAUUUGGCACCGGAUUUUUGUCCCCAAAAAGAUGGCCUCACUCCAUCCCGAUUUGCUAUCGCUGGAACGUGAUCAAUCCGGGCUGGAGGGUGCGGUUCUGCUUAUCGGAGAAACUUUAGCCGAACUGGAACAAUCAAUCACCCGGCUGGAGCGGUGCCCCCAAGAAGUGGCCUUGCCUUGGCGAACGGCUUUCAGUAAUAACGGUGGCUCCUGGUGGUCACAGCAGGGAAAUUUGUUCGCAGACAGAAACAGACUCUACCGGGCGUUGCUAGAGGUAAACGCACGAAUGACGGACCCGGACCGUGAUUGGCCACCGGAUGCCGACGUGAUAAAGCAACAGAUGUGCGAGCAUCGACGACGGUACGAAGAGCACUGUCCCGUUAUUGGUGUCCUUGCAUGUCACGUGGAAACGCUGGCAGCCAUCCAGAAACAGCUGGAUGCAAUCAAUGACCGACUGACGGUCAAUGGAAAGCUGUUUCGGGAGAUUGGACUCCACGGGGAUCGAUGGUUGGGCGAUUUUUGCUGCAAUCUGCUGGAAAACUGUAAGGAGGGUAACUAGAAGCUCGGCGAGUGAAUGUGGGUGAACUGUAACGGGAAUGGCUGCAACUAAAUUGAUUGGUAGGUGUAUAUCAAAUUCAUUAUUCGUGAAGCUCCAAGGAAAAAUAUUAUAAACAAAAAAUAAUCGAGUACAGUGCAAUCUCAUGAGUUGAUAUUGGUCAUCAAUAGGGAUAAGAGGGAUCUGCCUAAUGUUGGAGCAUGGCGAUGUUUAAAGAAAGUUUGAAUUUUGAAAUUGAGUCACAGUAGGCUGUUUUUUAUUUGAAUUUAUGCUGCGACAUUUACUUCCCUUCAUUCUGUUUUACUCGUUCUUUGAAUAAAGUCGGUUGUGCAUAACACUCUG